UUGAGUUACAUGAGAAGCUCGGAAGGUGCUGGUAUCGUGUAAAUCACAUUUUCAGUGUCGCAUAACCUUAACUUCUAUCUGGACAUGUGUGUAAAACUGAAACAUCCGUAGGAAUUACUUGUUUUGUAAAUAUAACUUAUUUAAGCCAUAAAACAAUUCCAAGGGAAAAUUGAAAAUGGCAAAUGAAACGGAAGACACGGUAAGUCAUAAGACACAUCGGGAACGCAAUGCCGGCCGUAAAGCCGAGAAGAAGAAAGCGAAAAAGGAACACGUUCAGGAGCUGACAGACAAACAGAGGAACCCAAAAGCGUUCACUUUUCAUUCCGCGAUUAAAGCAGAAAGACGGUUCAGGCGUAAACAGGAUAUAGAAACGAAAAAACAGCACAUACCUUUAAUUGAUCGAACUCCCCUCGAACCACCGCCGGUUUUGGUCGCCGUCGUUGGUCCACCAAAAGUGGGAAAGUCUUUGGUAAUUCAGUGUCUGAUCAAAAGUUAUGUAAAACAACCAUUGACGAACAUACUUGGUCCAGUUACAGUUGUUUCUAGCAAGAAAAGAAGGAUUACUUUUAUGGAGUGUAAUAAUGACAUUAACAGUAUGAUAGAUAUAGCUAAAGUAGCAGAUUUGGUACUGUUGCUAAUAGACGGUUCGUUUGGCUUUGAAAUGGAAAUCUUUGAGUUUUUAAAUAUAUGUCAAGUUCAUGGUAUGCCCAGGAUUAUGGGAGUUUUGACUCACUUGGAUUUGAUCAAAAAUGCGAAACUAUUAAAGAGAACCAAAAAAACUUUGAAACAACGUUUCUGGACUGAAGUAUACGCUGGAGCAAAAUUAUUUUAUCUAUCUGGUUUACUUCACGGAGAAUAUUUACGUACAGAGGUUAAAAACUUAGCUAGGUUUAUAUCCGUAAUGAAGUUCAGGCCGUUAACUUGGCGUAGUACACAUCCAUAUAUUCUGGCUGACAGAAUAGAAGACUUAACUCCUCCAGAAUGGAUUAGGCAGAAUCCAAAAAGCGACAGAACCAUCAGUUUGUAUGGGUAUGUGAGAGGAGUUCCUCUGAACAAGGAAACUUCCAUACAUAUUCCAGGAUGCGGUGAUCUCAAAAUUAAGGAUGUCAGUUUCUUGCCAGACCCUUGUCCUUUGCCCGGGGAACUGAAAAAGCGUGCAUUAGUAGAGAAGGAACGUCUAAUUUAUGCACCUUUUUCUGGUGUCGGUGGAAUAGUUUACGACAAGGACGCUGUUUACGUAGAAUUAGGCGGCAGUCAUUCUCACAAAGAAGAAGAUACUGGUCUGGUCGGAGCUCUGAUGGAUACACGAGAAACUUUAGAUCAGAAACUGCAACGUAGCGAGCUGCAGGUCUUCAGUAAUACCGCUCCGAUAAAGUCGGAAGAUGUGAAAGCGAAUUUUGGCGAUUAUGUUGGACAAACUAUAAUCGACAAUGGCAGAGUUAGAAGAAAGGUUGUGUUUACCGAUUCCGAAGAAUUAGUAACACCAUCAAAUGAUACAUUCGAUGAUAGCGACCAUGAAAGCGAUGAUGAAGAAUCGGAGCAUGAACGAGAAAAGGAAGAGAAAGAAAAUGAGAAGGAAACCGAUAGCGAAGAUGAAAUGACACGGAAUACGAAGGGUAUAAAGAGAAAAAAGAAAAGUAGCAAACUAGGAGUCAAACGUAAAAGGAAUAAUUCGACAGGUAACUUAGACUCGGAUGACGAAGACAUCGAUAUGACGGAACGAAACUCUACGGAUUCUACCAAACCCGGAGCUUUAAAUGUAUCCAAUAAUACAGAAAUUUACCAUUCGACAAGCAAGGAAUCUGACAUAAAGAUAAAGCACAAGAUAACCGAAGCGCUUAGUCUACUGAAUUCGUAUACAAGCAAAAAGAAGGAUUCGAAUAGCGAGAGCGAGAGUUUCGACGAGCUCAGCGACGAAGAUUCGCGCGUUAAACUCGAGAAAGAUAACGAAGAGGAAGAAAUUGAUUUUUCGCAGGAAUCUUCGUCCCAAGAAGAUGAAGAUGAUAAUGAAAACGAGGAAAAUGAUUAUAAGAUCUCUGGUGCAGGUGACGGGAUCGAAGACGAGGAAGAUGUCGAAGACGAAUUUAAAUGGAAGUCGAAUUUAACCGAAAAAGCUAAGAACGCUUUCGAAGUUCGUCAGCGAACCAACAAGAACUUAAUGAAAUUGGUGUACGGAACGUUCGAUAAAAGGUACCUCGUGCAAGAAACUGGAAACGAUAAAGGGAAAGAAGCCGAGGACCACGGUAACGAAAUCGGCGGAAUUUUCCACAUGGUCCAAGAGCAAGAAAAACAUAAAAUCCAAGAGCGAGAACUGCAGAAUCAGGAAGAAUCCGUAUUCUUCCCUGGGGCACCGCAAGAUUGGUUAAAAGAGGACAACAAGUUGCUCGUAACGAAUCGUUUCGUGACAGGAAAAUGGAAAGAAUCGGAGGAUGCUGAAGAGCUUCUGAAAUUGGAUGACAUGAACGACGAGGACAUGUACGGAGAUUUCGAGGACUUAGAAACUGGGGAGAAGCACCAAUCGGAGGCGCCGAAGGAGUCGACGACAGAUGAAAUGGAAGAGAAGAGGAAACUUAUUGAUAGGAAGAAAAAAUUGAAGGAACAGUUCGAUAUGGAAUACGACAACGGCGAAGGUAAAACGUAUUAUGACGAAUUGAAGCAGGAGGUCGAGAAGCAAGCGAGCCUGAACAAAUCAGAAUUUGAAGGAGUGGCAGACGACAUUAGGGUCCAGUUGGAGGGCUACCGUCCGGGAAUGUACGUACGUGUUGAGAUAGAAACCGUGCCUUGCGAGCUGGUCACUCAUUUGGACCCUACAUACCCGUUGAUCAUCGGAGGACUUUUACACGGUGAAGAAAACAUCGGAUACGUGCAGACGAGAAUCAAAAAGCACCGAUGGUACGCGAAAAUUCUGAAGAGUAGAGACCCAUUGAUACUUUCCGUGGGCUGGAGACGAUUCCAGUCGCUGCCGAUUUUCUCCAAGUUGGAAGACAACUUGAGAAGCAGAAUGUUGAAGUACACACCGGAACAUGUCGCUUGCAUGGCACAUUUUUGGGGUCCUAUUACACCGCAGAAUACUGGAGUUUUAGCCGUUCAAGACGUUGCUAGCAGAGCGCCGGGAUUCAGAAUAGCCGCGACCGGUUCUAUCGUCGAGAUAGACAAGAGCACGCAGAUCGUUAAGAAGUUGAAAUUAACCGGCGUCCCUAUGAAAAUAUAUAAAAAGACUGCGUUCGUCAAAGAUAUGUUCAACACCAGCCUCGAAGUGGCAAAGUUCGAGGGGGCCAAGAUAAAGACGGUUUCCGGUAUACGUGGUCAAAUAAAGAAAGCAGUUUCGAAGCCAGAGGGUUGCUUCCGUGCGACCUUCGAGGAUAAAAUACUUCUGAGCGACAUCGUUUUUUGUCGCACUUGGUACAAUGUCGACGUCCCGAAAUUCUAUAACCCCGUAACUUCGUUGUUAUUGCCACCUGAAGAAAAAAAUCAUUGGUUGGGAAUGAAAACAAUUGGACAGCUGAAGAGGGAAAAAAGCAUUCGUAUGCCCGCCAAAACGGAUUCCAUGUACACGAACGUCGAACGGGAACCAAAGGUGUUCAGACCACUGUCUAUUCCACGAAGUUUGCAGAAGGAUCUUCCGUAUCGCGAUAAGCCAAAAGUAAUGCAAACUGCUGGAAAUCGCAAGCUGAAAGACGGCAGGGUAGCCGUGGUGCGCGAACCGAAAGAGGAAAAAGUGGCAAGACUUAUGGAAAUGAUCAGAACUAAUUACGCUCACAAACAGAAACAACUGAAGGAGGCUAUGACGAAACGAAUUGAAACGCACCAGGCCCAGAUCGCCGUGGAAGAAGCACGAAAACUGAAAAGACAGAAGGAACUGAAGAAACACGUGUUCAGAGAACUUAGUAAGUUGGAGAAAAAGAAGAAACGGUAAUAUAAUUGCUAGACAUGACGAAAUGCAUUAUAUUUUUGCAUUGUUCUCGAUUGAUAACGGAAUUUUAGAGCUUUUCGUUCACGCAUCAUUUCCCAUGUAUGAUCUGUAUUAUAUUAUGUAUGUUUAUGUAUGUAAAAUAAAUUGUUUUAU